AUGUCACGACGACCGAUCUACUUCAACCCCGCGGCAGCAAAUGAGCGCAUUGCCUCCCCGGAGAUCGAAGGGUUGACAGCAUUCCACCAAUCCUUCCCCAACUAUGCCCCAACACCACUAGUCCAGCUCCCAGACCUUGCAGCAGAGCUGGGUAUUCGUGCCGUCCUGGUCAAAGAUGAGAGCAACCGGUUCGGCCUGCCUUCCUUCAAAGUCCUGGGUGCGUCAUGGGGAUGUUUCCGAGCGAUCGCAGCGCAACUCGGGUUGCCGCCAACAAUCUCGCUCGAUGAACUCUCAAUCCGAGCACAGGAGGCUUCCAUUAUAUUAACCACUGCCUCAAUGGGAAACCAUGGGCGGGCAGUUGCUUUCAUGGCGCGACUUCUCGGCAUCGAGGCGUGGAUCUUCGUUCCUCAAUCUUUGAAUCAGUGGACUCGUGAUCUUAUUACCGGGGAGGGUGCUCGGUUGAUUGUUGUUCAGGGCGACUAUGAUCAAGCGGUGCAGCAAUCCUUGGAUGAGGCCCGAACGGGACAAGGUGUACUUCUCAUUCAGGAUACUGCAUUUGAGGGAUAUGAGGAUGUUCCUGCAUGGAUUGUGGAGGGAUACUCGACUCUGAUGCGCGAAGUACAGGACGAACUUGCUCAGCUUGGUUUGCCGGGUAGUCUGGUGAUCACUCCUGUUGGCGUGGGCAGUCUUGCUCAUGCAGUGGCGAAGCAUUGCAAGUCACAGAGUACACCUAUGUCUGUAGUUGCCGUUGAGCCCGAUACAGCUGCGUGUCUGUCUGCUAGUAUGGCUGCUGGAAAGCCGGUUACUGUCCAAACUUCUACGACUAUCAUGGAUGGUAUGAAUUGCGGCACAGUCUCUUCUACCGCCUGGCCCGAUCUGCAGCGUUUGGUCGAUGCCUGCGUCACAGUUUCAUCCUGUGAAAGUCACUGCGCUUUGCAGUAUCUGGCUUCCAAGUCUGUGGCGGCUGGGCCAUGCGGAGGUGCUACUUUGGAUGCACUGCGUCAGCUGGCUACAUCGAAGGAGGCUACCUCACUUCUGAACAAAGACUCCGUAGUGGUUGUUCUCAGCACCGAAGGUGCACGUGAGUAUCCAGUUCCUAACAUUCCCAAGGACAUCACUGUGGAUGAUGUCGUGGGCUUAACACAAAUUCUUACCCGAAUCAACUCCUCCAACCCGACCUUGUCUGUCACAGAUGGAGUAGGUGAAGCUGAAAUCGCAAACUAUCUUGCCGCUUGGUUCGCCCACCGGGACAUCGAAUACCACUGGAUCGAGAAGGUCGCAGGACGACCAUCAAUCGUUGGAGUCUUGCGAGGCAGCGGAGGAGGCAAGUCGCUUAUGUUCAACGGCCACACAGACACUGUCAGUUUGUCCAGUUACGAGAAGGAUCCAUUGUCUGGGUCCAUUGGAACCAAGAACGGCAAGGAGGUCAUCUUUGGCCGUGGCUGCCUCGAUAUGAAGGGAGGCUUGGCCGCCGGAUUAGCUGCACUGGCAGCAACAAAAGCCAGUGGCCGUGUGCCUCGAGGAGAUGUUAUUGUGGCUGCAGUAUCAGACGAAGAAGAUGCCUCACAAGGAACUCAAGAUGUGAUUGAAGCAGGCUGGCGUGCCGAUGCCGCUGUACUUCCCGAGCCAACCCAAGGUGCAAUUCUUACUGCUCACAAAGGAUUCCUGUGGGUGGAAGUUGACAUCCUGGGAGUUGCUGCGCACGGAUCCGACCCUGCUGCCGGAGAAGAUGCUAUCUUGUAUGCUGGAUCCUUCUUGCAGGCUUUGGAAAAGUACCAGUCCCAGCUGCCAGUAGAUGAUCUCUUGGGCCAGGGGUCACUGCACUGUGGAUUGAUUCGGGGUGGCGAGGAACCAUCUUCAUAUCCAGGCAAAUGCACCAUCACUGUCGAAUUCCGCACAGUGCCAGCACAGAGUGAAGAGUCUAUCCUGGGGGAUAUCAGCGCGCUGCUGAAAGAGAUCGCGCAGCAGAAGCCUCGGUUCAAAUAUGCCGAGCCGCGUAUUGCUAUGUCCCGUCCUACGCAGAAAGUAGCAACUGAUCAUCCAUUCGUGCAGCAGGCAGUUGCUAGUGCCUCUGCUGUCCUGGGUAGCAAGCCUGUCGUCCAGGCUGGUUCGUUUUGGACCGAUGCAGCUCUGCUCGGUGCAGUUGGAAUCCCAUCCAUUGUGUAUGGCCCGGCAGGAGAAGGUCUUCACGCUAAGGAGGAAUGGGUCGAAGUUGAGAGUCUGCGACAAUUUGAGAAGGUCUUUACUCAGCUUGUACAGGAUUUCUGCUAUUGA